CGAAAUACGCGCCGAAUUUUACAUCCUACACACAUCUAUACAAAAGAGCUCACUCAUGCCGAUUCUGGAAGGAGAUAUCAGGCUGCGCCUCACGGCGACAGCAUUUGUGAUUUACUAUCACAAGAAUUUGGCGGAAGCACGAGAAUUCUUGCUUGAUUUCGGGCUUUCGAUAGCUCGUGAAACAGCCGGUAAGGAAAUCCAUUUCGCUGGCUAUGGUGAGGAGCCAUUCGUCUAUAUCGCACGACAAUCAGAUCGAGACAGCUAUUUUGGAGGAGCUGCGUACGAAGUCGAGUCACGGAUCGAGUUGGAAAAAGCCAGUAAAGUAAAGAACGCCACGGAAAUUACGUCUCUAGAUGCUCCGGGAGGCGGUGAAUUUGUCCGACUUUCCGACCCUGUGGGCCACCACGUCUAUCUCGUUCACAACCAAACCAAGAAGGCGCCCCAGCCACCUGAACUGGAGAAGCUUAUUGUCAACUAUGAAGAUGAAAAGCCGAGGAAGGGAAAAUUCCAUCGUUUCCAGCCUGGUCCAGCUUUGGUUCAUCGCUGGGGACAUUACGGCGUGACCUACCCAGAGGGCACUUAUCAGCAAAUGUACGAUUGGUAUACAAACACUCUGGCACUGGCACCCUCCGACGUCGUUUUCAAGGAUGGCAAGCCAACCACGUGUUUUUUCCAUAUCGACCGUGGUCUUGAGUUUACCGAUCACCACGCCUUCUUCUUCAAGCCUGUGAAAGGCGACGUCAAGCCCACAGUGGCUCACUCCGCUUUCGAAGUCCAUGACUUCGACGUUCAACAACUCGGCCACAACUAUCUCACGUCCAAGGGCUAUGAUAUUUGUUGGGGAGUUGGCAGACAUGUCCUUGGGAGCCAGGUGUUCGACUACUGGUUUGAUCCCAGCAAAUUUAUCGUGGAGCACUACGCGGAUGGUGACUUGGUGAAUUCAGAAACCGUUGUAUCGCACGUUCCGGCUGGACCAGAUGCGUUGAAGGUCUGGGGCCCUCCCGUACCAGAAGUAUUUUAG